ACCAAUUUCAAAAUCAGAAGACAAACCAAAAUCUCCGCUUGACAUUGCUAAGCCUAUUCAACAUGUGUACUCUUCUGAUGAAUCAGAGGAAGAGUUUGACAAACCGAAAGUAGCUGAUAUGAAACAGGUGUCAUCACUUGUACCGUCUGUAGGCAGACCAGAAGACAAAGACACUAAAGAAGCUCAACCAAUUUCAAAACCAGAAAACAAACCAAAAUCUCCGCUUGGCAUUGUUAAGCCUGUUCCUCAUAUGUAUUCUUCUGAUGAAUCAGAGGAAGAGUUUGACAAACCUAAGGCCGCUGAUAUGAAACAAGCGUUACCCUUAGUACCGUCUUUAGGACAACAAGAUGACAAAGAUACUAAAGACACUCAACCAUUUUCAAAACCAGAAGACAAACCAAAAUCUCCGCUUCACAUUGCCAAGCCUGUUCCGCAUGUGUACUCUUCUGAAGAAUCUGAGGAAGGGUUUGACAAACCAAAAGUCGCUGAUAUGAAACAAGCGUUACCGUUAGUGCCGUCUGUAGGCAAACCUGAUGACAAAGACGUUCAUGCAAUUUCAAAACCGGAAGACAAACCGAAAUCUCCGCUUGACAUUGCCAAGUCUGUUCCUCAUGUGUGCUCUUCUGAUGAAUUAGAGAAUGAAUGUGAUGAGCCUAAUAUUCUUGAAAUUAGUAGGAUGCCUCGCCCUUUGCUUUCUGUAGUUUCGGGAGCAGAUGUGACUACCAGCGAUGAAAUUCCGUUUGAAAGUGAACGUGGGCAAUUUUCAACGAGCUUGUCAGACAGUCGAGAUAUUUUAGAUUCAUGUAGUAGUUUAGAUAGCUUAGAAAGAUCGGCUGCUCCUAGUGGAGGAAUUGGAAAGGAGAGAGGUGUUGCAUAUUUUGUAAAUUUAGGUGAGAAGUCGGAAUUAAAUAGGAAAAAUAGUGAAGAAUUUAAGAAAGCUUUGGUGAAUAAAAAACUUACUAGGGAUGUAAAGAAAACUUCCUCUGCAAAGGUUGAAACUAAGGAUAUUGUGAGGAAAUCAUUGUUACAGAACUAUAGUGGUUACACCAAAACUGAAAAAGUUCAUGCUGCGUCUCCUAUUGGAGAUGUGCAAAAUAAUGCUAAUAAAAAUAAAGCAAUAGCAAAUGUAUCCACCAGACAGAAAAAGCAUUUAAAAAAUAAAGAUGAAAUAUCAAAACUUUCUACUAUAAAAGCUGCCCCAAGCCCACUAAAAACGGAAGUUCGUUCUGACCGGUCCACAAGCUUUCGUUCACAAACAGUGAAUGUUGGAUUAAGUGAAGACAAUUCACAUAGUCGAUCAACCACGCCAAGGCCGCGAACACGCACUGACGUAACCACGAUGCCAUAUAAUGCUACACUAAGAACAUUCAGUCCAACAUCUAGCCGUCCAAAAGUCGACUACUCUCACGUAACUAGCGUUUAUGCGCAAACCAAAAAAUAUGAUAAAAGGACUACUUCCAAAAAAACCAAAACAAAGACAAUCACUAAAUCUUCCGAACCAGCAGGUGAAGAUGCUCAACGAAAGCGGCUGACUACACCUACCUCAACUGUAAUGCACAGAUACAUGCAGCCAACUUUGGCACACAGCCUGCGAUACGCACAUACACAGUCCACGUCAAAACAAGCAGACUUAGCUUCGGACACAACGUUGAGAUCAAAAUCACCUGGACCAGCAGUGUUACAGCCUAAAGGUAAGCCGCUAACUACUCCUAUCACUUCUUCAACUACUCAUACUGAUGCACAAAGACGAUAUGUACGCAACCUAUCCAAAGAGGAGAAAGCAUUCAAUUUUAAAAGUAGUUUGACGAAUUUAAAAAAAGACUCACUCACUAAUAGCAAGGAAUCCAUAAAAAGCACUGAAAAACUGUAUAAUAGAAAACCCAAUGUAGACAAGCCAAAAGCUGUGAUAGCACAUAGUGAACAAAUAACUGAUAAAUCCAUGUCCCCAAAAACAAGUAAGGAAUUGAGUAAUGUAUUGAAUAAGUCUAAUCAAAGUAAAAUAAAGCACAAAAUUAACAGACCAAAGGAUAACGCAAAAUUACAUGUGGCUACCGGAAACACGCAAAGAAGCGUAACCCGAGGCAGCUCAGAAGAGACGAAUGUCCUAGCACGAAGCGAAAGAACCCAGCAGCGGUCGAAGGUACCCGUUAGCAUAUCUUCUAAUAUAACGACUCGAAGAAUAACUAAAACUAAUAGAUCAGAAAGUAUUUUGGGCGACAGAAAACCACGUAAUUCCAAUAAAGAUGUUGUAAAAAUGGAUAGUGGCACAAUGAAAACGGAUCAGAUGAAGAAGAAAAGCCAAACUAGGAAAAGUGAUGUGAAAGUACAAAAGAAAAUUAAAGAUUCUAUAAAUGAGUCCAGCAUGACUGGCAGCGGCAAUACGAGUGCCAGUGGCUCAUUAAGUAGUGUACGGAAAUAUACGCGUCCUACCACAAAUAUUAAGAAACUUGAUAAAGAUGUGGCUAACCUGCGAUUGGCAGAAAAUUCUGUUUUUACCACAUCGAAAAUAUCUAAGAUACCAGCCGUACCCACACGCACUACGGUGAUUAAAGUUAACCAAGAGCCAGUAGCUGCUAUUGUCAGCACAGUUAUAAUUGAUGACGACGCCGAAAUAACGCGCUCAUUCAAAUCUACGGAGAGUACAAAAAGUUCUACCUCAUCUUCUGGAAGCAGAAAAGUUUUAACAAGUGAAGUUUUUACCAAAACAUUUGGACCAGACAAAGCUUUCGAAGUUAUCUAUCGACAACCAGACAGUGAUAUGGAUUCAGCGUCCAUUGUCAGGCCACCAUCAGCGGACCAACGUUGUACAAACGAGUUUGACGUUAGUUUCAUUGAUACAACUGAUUCCAGUUUGUCCGAUUCAGUUGCUUUGCCAAUGUUUAAUACGGAACAGGACCGUUUAUUAGCUGCAAGUCCAAGCUCACCAAAAGCCACACGUAGUCCACUAGCCUUAAUCGAAGAAACAUUGCGUAGGCAACAAGCCGGUUAUGCCGUGGAUCCUGCGCUGCAAAUGCAAUUCGGCGCCUCCGGUAUACGUAUGGGAAGUAUAAGUCCGACAUCAUCGCGAAAUUCUAGAUCGGAACAAAACGAUACGCCAAAAGAAACCGUAGAAGAAAAGCUCGUUUUAGAUGAGGAUUCGUUCCGAAAUAUUGGCGACGAAGUUAAAGAACAAAUCCUUUACGCGGCAGCCGAAGAUAAUGUAAUUGAAAAAUUAAUUGAUUUUGAUGCAGAUGCUGAUGGCAGCAAAGAUAAUUUUUAUAAAUAUAGUGAUGUAGAGGAUGAUUAUGAAAAAUACUCUGAUGACGAUGACGAUGAUGAUGAUGAAGAUGAAGAUAGAAGUAGAAAGGCUGGUGGUGAAAAGAUCCUCCAUUUUGAUACCAACAUACGCCAAGAGGCUGCAGUGCUGAUUGAUAACGUGCUCGAAGAGAGCAUUAACAUUAUUAGCACGCGACAGCAGCAGCAGCAUCAGCAACAAGAAGCCAAUGGCUAUGACUCACUUAAGCAGGAAUAUAAUUCAGAAAGUGAAAAUUAUGCUAUAACUUGUGAUGAUAUUGGUGGCUUGGAUGUCAUCAAAUCGUCAACUAUUGAAUCAAUGUCUGGGAAAUCGUUCGACGAUAAUAUGAGCUUUACUGACGAGCAGUGGCCUGGCACGCAGCAGCACCACAUGCAAGUCAGUGCAGUGCCCGGCUUUGCAACCACCACAAUUACCACCACCAGCACAACACAGCAGCAAAAACGCUCACAUGAUCUUAUUGAUUCCAAAGAUGGCUUCAAGCCGAUAACAGCAACAGAAACUAUAACUACAUUAACAACAACAACUACUACGCAAAUUGGUACAACACUACAUGAAGCUACCACAUUUGCUGGUAGUGGUGGUAUUAGUGAUGCUGAUGCUGUUGACGCUGUUGUAGAAGAGGCAGACUGGAAGAUAAAAGGUACGAGCGAUCCCAAGCAUGUUACCGAAGAUUCCCGCGUUACAAAGUCUCGGCGCAUUGAUCACAAAUUCGAAAAGCUCACAACAAAUUUCGCUGAUAUUGACGAGCAAGCAUCGGCGUUCGAUGCGAAUUUCGAUACGAUGGUGCAGGACGAUGAGAUAAGUAAUUUGCAAAGUGAAUUUUCGAAAAUGAGUUGGGACGAUAGUGUGUCGCCCACCACGAACACUUUGGGCGAAAUCGGUCAAAAUACACCAGAUAACGAUAUUCAAGAUAUAGCAACAGAGACAGGCUUUGAAUUCGCUAAAUCAUCUGAAACCACUCCAGUACCAACUAGUGCGCCGACUUCUGCCCCAACUGGACAUGAUGCACCCACACCGAAGCCACGCGCCGCCAAAUCAAGCUCACCCGUGAGAGAUAUUGGCGACGACUUAUCGACGCAAUAUCAAAAAAGUGAUGAUGCACACAGUAUUACCGACUCCUCUGAAAUCUUACCCGACCUGUCGAUAUCUGCUCCCGUGCCUAAGCCACGUUUACAAAUGAAACCAACAGAUUCUUUCAAGAAUUUAGCUGCUCUGGUAAACGAACAAUCGGAUAGUAUUAGCCUGCGUAGCUUGGACAUCACCGACGAUAUUUCGAAAACAGAUGAAGUGUCAACAGAAAUUUCAAUUAAAUCAUCACAUGCGCGGGAUUACCCCACAACUACAACGAUUACAACAGCUUCCGAGGAUCGUACAGAAUCACUGGAACCAACUAGUGAGAUUUCAAUAGAUGACGCCGAAGGAGACACAGAAAAGUCUGAGCUCUCUGAAGGCAGAGCAAAAACGAGUUUUUAUAUUGGAGAAUCCAGCCGUAAUGUGAUAAUUAAGACAACACCAACAAAACCAGACACUGAUAUAGAGUCUUCCCCAGAAGCGGUAACUACAAAAGAUCAAGCCUUGGAGGAAGCAAUCGAAGCGAAGGAUGUCGCACUAAUGAAGGAGGUUUCUGUCGAUUCGGAUGAAAGUAAUGACGUAUUUAAGGAAUUUGUAACAAUGAAGCGUGAAACAGAUGAAGGGGAAAACAGAAUAGUACGUCAAGGCUCCGAAACAAGAAAUGACUUGCUAGAACAAGAACCAACAAAGGAAAAGCAGGAUGAUGCGAACAAAUCUUGUGAAACUUUUGUAAUUACAGCUGAUAUUUCCCAACCAUUCGAUGAAAAAAACGAAACCAUUUUAACGCAACCAUUGGACGAUUAUGAAUCUUUGAAGUUGGGUUCCGCAAAAUCCGACAAACUCGACUUGCAAUUAGAAAAGAGUGAAUGGGAAACAACAGAGAAGGAAAUACCAAUAGCUAAACCUAAGGUAGUACAUUCUCCACAGCAACUGAGUGAAUUGCCGAGAGCUUUAAUUGAUGAGCAAAUGGUUGCUAGAACAUUGGAGGAAGCGCAGGAAUCAUUGAAUGCGGCAAAUAACGAGCUGAAGUUCAUAGUGAAAGAUGGUAAAUCAAUUAAAGAAUCGCCAUCCGAAUUUGAAUUUCGCUCGAUUUCUAACACACUGAUUAGCGCAGAGAAAAAAGAAAAAAAUUUGACAGAAGAAAGCAUUAUGCAAAAGGAAACUAAGGAGCCUAAAUUCUUGGAAGAAGAAUAUAUUUCUUCAUUCAUAGGAAUACCAGAUACCCUUAAGGAAGCGCAGCCUCCAUCAGCAUUUGAACCAAUAAAAUCAUAUGAGGAUACUUUUGAAGAAACAACAAUAGAGACACUGAAUAAAGAAGCAGUAAUUACACAUUAUACUCAAGGUAACGUUGAUGAUGUUAAGGAGGAGUCAAAAGAUGAACACGGUUCGCUAGGCUUUGUAUCUACAGGCACUGCAGAUGACUACAGUUCAAUGGAGGCAUACGCAGUCAAAGAGGAACAUGCUUCUCUUGGCUUUGUUUCAACUGAAACUGUCGAAGAUUUUAGCUCAAUGGAGGAUUAUUAUCAGGAAAAAAUAGCCAAAGCUAGCUUUGUAACAGAAGGAGAAGAUCUGGGGAGAUCACCGGUAGAGGUUACUAAGCUUGGUGAUACGCGAGUAUUUUCUGAGAUAUGUACGGAACAAACAAUGAAACCAUUCGAGGAGGUUACGCAUCGCAUUAAAUCUGAAACUGGCUCUGUUGAUGUCACGAAUAGAUGGUCGGUACAAGAAAUUGACCAAUCGAGCUCUAGCGAGAGUUACUACAAAAGCUUUGAUAAAAGUGACAGUCGACCGUUAUCGUCAGAAGUCGACAAUUUAUUGACACAAGGAAACUCUUCAGAAUAUCAAACAGCAUUGGAUGUGUCAUCAGUAACGCGUGAAGCAACCGAAUACAUAAGCGCAGUUAGCACACUUGAGAGUAGCAGUGGCAAGACGAUAAGCUCACAUGAAAGCAUGAAAAGUUUCGAUUCGCAAUCCGAAACAUCUGGUAAUUUAGGAAGUAUCGAUGUUUCAGAACUAUCGGAAACAUUGGUAGCUUCCUCUACAGAGCCUGAUGCUUUGGAAGCUGAGGAACUAUCACGUAUUCGUGACUUACAUGACGAUGAUGAGGAUAGUGAUGAAAGUCUCAACAUUCAAGAUUACAGUAAAACUGAGCAACAAAUGCAAAAGUCACUGAUGAAACGUUCCCAAGAAAUGAUAUUUAAACCGAAAACCGAGGAGGCCAAACCCGACGAAAAGCAUUUCGAAAGCGUUAUGGUGGAAGAGUUUCCUAAACCUAAGGAAGUGGAAAAAACCUGGGGCUUAGCUUAUCCCAUGGAUGAAGCUAAAAUAGACGAUGGCAAGGAUACAGAUCGGCCUGAAGAUAUUUUGCUCUAUCACAGUGACAUAAGACGUUCCAUUGACGAUUCUAAACUAGCUUCUAGCUUAGAUGAGGGUAGCAUCCUUUCGGUUAGCAUGUCAAGUACGUCAAACAUAGAAACUGUUGUAGAGAACUUCGAAGAUAUGAUUGGGUCAGCUGGUUCAUCUUCGCUAACUGGCAUUGAGGGUUUUGGUUUUUCACACGAUGAACAAGCAUCUUCAUUUCACGAACAUGAAGACACAUUUACUAUGGAAAUGGACAGCAAGGAACAUUCUCCACAAGACUCUGCCGCCACAACACCACCCGGUGAAUCUCGUAAACGCGGUCACAAGCGCAGCGAAAGUACUUCGAUCACUGGUGAUGUUUUAAAAUCCAUUACGGAUAAGGAUCUACCAGUAGUGGGUGAAAACAAAGAAUCUGAAAGUGAAUCGGACACAGAUCCCUAUGAAUCUGAGUACACCAGACAGUUUCGCUCACCAAACGAACGAAAGAAGAACAAGAAGAAACAAGCAGCCGCUGAAAUGGAUCACAGCUUUGACCUCGAAAAACGUCCAUUUACUCCAUCACAACUUGUGGCUGAGGUUAUAGUUGAGGAUAGCGCUACCGAGGAAAUGGAGGCCGAGGCUAUUGAAGAGGAGCGUCGACCUUCGCAAAACAUGCAAGACUACUCAAAUAUACCAGAUAUAACGGUAACCGAGGAUUUCCAAAAGUCGCCAAGUUUAGAAGAAAAUGCGGAGGGUUUCGAAGAGAAAUCAUUAUACAAAGUGAAAACACAAGAGGAAUUACACAAAGCUGCUGAUGAACCUUUACACCAGCAAAAACGUAUGGAUAAGAGCGAGGAAACAUUUCAAAAACUUGUACAAGAACAGUACGAACAAAAGCUUGCGGAUCUCCAACGACCACAAGCUGGCGAUAUAGACUACGAUGACUAUGAUAAGGCACCAGAUUCCCCAGACUCUUUUGAAAUGAUUGAUCAACCCGAUAUUUCCGACGAUUUUGUCAUAAUCGAAGAGGUAGCUAAAGAAGCCGAUGAAGCUGAUUUAGGUGGAAAGAGCAUUAAAAUUCAGCCAACAAAAUAUGAAUCAAAACAUGAUGAGGAUGUUGAAAAAAUUAUCAUAAAAUCUGCUCCCGCCGAUCCCAAAUUAGGUUCGCAAAUUUUCCGAGAUGAUCUAAAUUUCGAAUUCGAAGAAAGUCCACCAACCGCAGGCAGCAGCAGCGAUCCCCAGGAAGAAAGUGAUUCAGGAGACACGGCUGCUUCAAACAAACGAUGGGUUGAAAUGCAACUUACAGAUUCACAAUUGCGUUAUCCAUACGACAUUACCGGUGGUGUAUUAGAAGAUAUCAAGGAAGAGGAUGGCGAAUUCGAAGUGGGUAGUAGUCGCAUUAGUAGUUUUAAAGACUCCUUCUCCAGUACACCUGAGUAUGAUGCUAUGGCAGCAAGGCGAUAUUACGCACGUGGCGAACAUGACGAUUUAUCUAUGAACAGUUUGCAAGAAUUCGAAUCGCUGGAACAGGCAAUUUCUUUAGAGAAUCGUAAUAAAACACACCAAGGUUCAACGGACUCCAGCAACGGUAGUUUCACACGCCGCUAUAUGGUGCGCCAUAGUGGCAGUGCCACAGCACAAGGCGAUGAUAUAUCAAUUUCCAGCCUUAAAGAAUUCGAAGGACUGGAGAAUGCGUGUAUAGAAGCACACUUGAUUGAGAUCAAAGCCAAGGAAGAGGCUGCUAUGCUUUCACGGUCGGACGACUCCAACAAGUCAAACGAAAGUGAUCGGGAAAAUGGUGCAAGCAAUAUUGUUGUAAGCAAAGUAACACGUACAGUAACUCGAACCGAAGUGUUGCCGGUACAGCAGCAAACUAUUGAAGCGCUGCUCAAACAGAAACUGGAAGAAUGUGAAGGGCGCGAGUCAAUGACAAAAAUCACAGAAAUGUCAACAGAGCUAUCAGAAGGGAAAAUGAAGCUGGAUAAACAGGAUUCGGAAAAGGGCAGUGUAGAUAGUCUGGAGAUCAACAAAAGUCUCGACAUGCGUUCUAGUAGCAUUGGCAGUUUCGAAAUUUCAAAAGAUGCUACCACACGUUCGGAUAUCGACUCAUUGGAAACUGACCGUAAACAGCCUACACGUGAGGAGAGCAUCGAUUCAAUGGAAAAUGAGCAGUUCGAUCUGUUGGCAAGAUUUCCAACAGGCGAAACUACACUUGGCGAAGGUCUAACAACAACUACAACAACCACCACUACCACUACAGAUGCUGAGGGACAAGAACACAUCGUUACACAGACGAUCACUACAACCACAAGCGAAAGCGGCAAAACAAAUUUAGAAUUCCCCACGGGACAACUUCACAAAGACGUAUCGGCCGACUCACUUUGCAUUGAACAAACUAAUACGAGUUCAGCCGGCACCACUGCAACUUAUCAGACCAGUGCUGGAAAUUCACAAAUGUCAGGCAGUGUUACCAGUUGUGCAUCCAGUACACUCAUGGAGGACUCCUAUCCGGGUGCAAACUCUAGUCUAACAUCAUCUAGUUUUUGGUCGCACGAAGAAUCAACGGUUGUGGAAGAUAAGAAUGUGCUCGAGGAAGUAUUGCUGGAAGAUGCUGAGGUACUGAAACGUCGCCAAGCACAACACCGACAAGAGUAUGACGAUCAGCACUAGAUGACAUGGUGGAUAAAAAACGUUAAUGCAAUAAGAAACAAACGACACGCAUAAAUAAUAUAUAAUUAAGGGAUUACAAGCUUUUUAUACUUACAUACAUCAGUGGUUAGAUUUAAUUAAAUAAACGCAAAUGCGUGCUUUAUGAAUGGUGAGCAGGCGAGAGUAAUGGCUUUGGGAUCGCGACAGAUAUACCAUAUAAUUGUUACAUUCCCUACUGGAAAACAAGCUUUGCAUUUUAGUAUUAUCGGCGCAUCGAAAUUUAAGUAAUAUACAUUAAUCUAUUAACAACUAAUUCCAGUCUACAUAGAACUCAAGCUUGAGCGAAAAACACACACAAGCAUUACUGAAGGUUAUUAUGCCACGCAUAUUAAAUACAAAUUUGACAGUUUAUACAAAUUUAUCAAAUGUACUUAUUAUAUUUGGUUUGCUAAUGAGAAACAACAAAGGGACUCUCUUUAAGUGUACGUAUUAUCUGUUAAAUGUAUACAUACAUACAUCUAUUUUCGUUACUUGGCUUUUAAUAGUAAAAACUAAAUGUGAAAUAAAAUUUGAAUGAAAAACUUUAUUAUACAAACAUGUAUACUUGUUGCUAUUUUAACGGUAUGUAAUUUUUGGAAAAGUGAAAUUUUCUACGAUGCUUUUGAUUAUGUAAACUGUAUGCGGUAAAUUAUAUUAAAAUGGCAGAUUAUAAAGAUGGAAGGUUUACUAACGUUGUAGUGUAUUUAAUAUUUUUUAAAACUUAUUUGAAUGUAUAAGUCUUUCAUAUGUAACUUAGUUUAAGCUGCUUCAAUGGAAUACAUGCGUAUAAGUUUGCAUAUGUAUGAUGCCUUAAUAAGAAAAUAUAAUAAUAAUAAUAAAAAAAAAAUGCUUUUAAAGUGACUUUGUCUUUUUAAUUUUUUAAUCCAAAAGAGGGCGAUUAAAGCCUAAGCAUCUUACUAAUUUAAAUUUAAUAUAUACAUUAAAAUAAAUUAAGUACAAUAUUGAUGGUACAUAUAUAUGUAACAAUGCA